UCUGCAGAGUUGGGAAAGCUCUCCCCCUUCUGCGGCCAGCUCGCCUUGACAGCCAAAACUGGCGCAGAGUCUCCCAGCACAAACCUUUCCCGUAUUUUUCUGGCAUAUAACGACAAUUCAUAGCCACACUUUCCACACAUCUUCUUCCGGACGCAACCGUUGGAGCGGCCUCGUCUAGAAUGGGGAACCGAGACGAUGAAUACGAUUUCUUGUUCAAAGUUGUUUUAAUUGGGGACUCAGGCGUAGGGAAGAGCAACCUGCUCUCUCGAUUCACGCGAAAUGAGUUCAACCUAGAGAGUAAGAGCACUAUCGGGGUGGAAUUUGCCACACGCAGCAUUCAGGUGGAUGGCAAGACGAUAAAGGCGCAGAUCUGGGACACAGCAGGACAGGAGCGCUACAGAGCCAUCACCUCAGCGUACUACAGAGGAGCAGUGGGGGCACUCUUAGUGUAUGACAUAGCCAAACACCUGACCUAUGAGAAUGUGGAGCGCUGGCUGAAGGAGCUGAGGGACCACGCUGACAACAACAUUGUCAUCAUGCUGGUCGGCAACAAGAGCGACCUGCGCCACCUCAGGGCCGUGCCCACAGACGAGGCCCGGGCAUUCGCAGAGAAGAACAAUCUGUCAUUCAUAGAAACUUCAGCCCUGGACUCAACAAACGUUGAAGAAGCCUUUAAGAAUAUCCUUACAGAAAUCUACCGCAUCGUCUCUCAGAAACAAAUUGCUGAGCGGUCUGCCCAUGACGAGUCCCCGGGAAACAACGUGGUGGACAUUAGUGUGCCACCCACCACGGACGGCCAGAGGGGGAGCAAACUGCAGUGCUGUCAGAACCUGUAACCCAUGGCAACCGUCCCCCCCUCACCUGGGUCGAUUAUUAAUUGAAAUCCACAGCGUUGGUGUGCUUCCAUCCGCCUGGGGUGCAAUAUUGUCUGAAUCUGCACUUUUUAGAUGAAUGGAGUCAAUUCUGUUUAUGCCACAAAUGAUCAAUCCCAGAAUGAAGUGUUUGAAUUGAUUUCAAAUUGUAAUUUGACCCAGGUACAAUCUGCUACAUCCCAGUGCAAAAACAGGACUGAUGGUACCGUGCAAGUAGCUACCACAGUAACCCAUGAUAGUGUAGCAGAAAAGCUUUGCCUGAGACCUUGUAAGCCUAGACAUCUCCCUGGUAGAUUGUUAUUGCCACAUGUUGGAGGCCUGAGGUUUGAAUCCUGCCUGUUUCAGUCGUACCAGCAGUCCUGUUUUUGAGCUUUCCUCUCCUCGUUCAGUCAUCAUCUCAAAAGUGGUUGUGACGCUGCUGAUGCUUAUUGCAUUUUGUGUAAAAUAUCUUCUUUUUUUGUUUUGAUUUUGAUAGCUUGUCUGCUCACAUACAUUAUAUUAAUGCCAUGAAAUUAAAUUUUACAAUAUUA